AUGCUGCCCUUCAUCCUCCUGCUCCUGCUCCUGCUCCUGCCCCUGCCCCUGCCCCUGCCCCUGCCCCUGCCCCUGCUCCUUCUGCUCCUUUCAGACUUGAAACAGUCGUUCCUACUGACCGAGAGCAUCUCUCUACAUACUCUGAAUGAAGAGAGUGUCUUCACAAGCGCCAUCACUGAGAGCAUCUCUCUACAUACUCUGAAUGAAGAGAGUGUCUUCACAAGCGCCAUCACUGAGAGCAUCUCUCAACAUACUCUGAAUGAAGAGAGUGUCUUCACAAGCGCCAUCACUGAGAGCAUCUCUCUACAUACUCUGAAUGAAGAGAGUGUCUUCACAAGCGCCAUCACUGAGAGCAUCUCUCAACAUACUCUGAAUGAAGAGAGUGUCUUCACAAGCGCCAUCACUGAGAGCGUCUCUCUACAUACUCUGAAUGAAGAGAGUGUCUUCACAAGCGCCAUCACUGAGAGCGUCUCUCUACAUACUCUGAAUGAAGAGAGUGUCUUCACAAGCGCCAUCACUGAGAGCAUCUCUCUACAUACUCUGAAUGAAGAGAGUGUCUUCACAAGCGCCAUCACUGAGAGCAUCUCUCUACAUACUCUGAAUGAAGAGAGUGUCUUCACAAGCGCCAUCACUGAGAGCAUCUCUCUACAUACUCUGAAUGAAGAGAUUGUCUUCACAAGCGCCAUCACUGAGAGCGUCUCUCUACAUACUCUGAAUGAAGAGAUUGUCUUCACAAGCGCCAUCACUGAGAGCAUGUCUCUACAUACUCUGAAUGAAGAGAUUGUCUUCAUAAGUGCCAUCAACGAGAGCAUGUCUCUACAUACUCUGAAUGAAGAGAUUGUCUCCACAAGCGCCAUCGCCAGUGACCAUGAACUAGCCUGA